GUACAGUCGCGGCUCCUUCAGACGAUCUCUGGCGAGCGCACGGUCACAUCGCGUACUGCCGCGAACAAACGCAUUACUCCCGACCGAUACCCGUGAUCAUUCACAUUGUCCAAGUGAUUAGCGAGUGUAAACAGUGAUAACCAGUGAUUUAAUUUAUUUGUUUGAACGUGAUAUACUGACCAAGUCAUGAAGCGGUGAGACGGAUUCCAGACACUUUGGGACUUGACGAGACAUAAACCAGACACCAUGAAGCGAUUACAGAAGUGUUGUUGUUGUGCCUCCACUCGAACUGGCACGCUCAUCACUGCCAUCCUCGGGAUCAUUCUCUCUAUUGCCACAAUCAUCAUAGUAUGGGUCGUCAAGAGACACAGAAUCACAUUCAGCACAUUCAUCUUUGAUGAAGACUUCGAUAGGAAACUUUCAGAUUUAGACAUUCCGAGAAUAAUAUUAACUAUAAACUUGUGCUUCACCAUACUGAUAUGCACACUACUUAUGAUAGCCGUACAUAAACGGCGAUCAUGGCUGAUGUUACCCUGGGUGGUGCUGGGCAUCGUGCUGGCCAUCGGCUUGCUUAUCAGCGUGUUACACACCUCCAUAACUUACUAUCUCGACGAUAAAGAAGAUCACACCAUCAUAGCCACAAUCAUUCUUAUUGGCGGGCUAUUCUAUUUAUGUCUGUACCUCUACCUGUGGGCAGUGGUGUUCAGCCAUUAUUUAGACGUGCGUGACGAAGAGGAAAGAGGGCGGUACCGUAAGGCUCCCUACAGACGAUAAGCCGACAACUGCGAAACUGACUGCAUAAUAUUCGAAAAUCUCGUCAACAGCUAAUCUCAAUGCUUUUAUCUCUUACAAUAUUUUAGGAUGAUGAAUGUGAAAAUUAAAAUGACUUUCUCGGAUAUUCGAGUGGAAACUAGUGUCUUGUCUUAACAGUGCCUUAACUCGGAGUAAAUAAAUAUUUUAUGUAUUUGUAGAUACCUAUUGACAAUGAAUUUAAUACAUCGUAGUGCUAAGUGUUGGUAUAAUGUUGAUUUUUUUUUUUAUAACGCAUAUACAAAAAGUUGGGCAAGAAAAGUUCAUUCAAAAGGUUAUCUGACGUACCUACCCCUUACCUAAAUAUUUAUUUACCCAGUAAAACUAAAAUAUCAUAAUAAUAUCUUUACUUUACUUUGUAAUGAAUACCUAUAAUAGUCCUUUAUUAAAUGCAGAAGGUCUCUACAGGUGUUAUACAUUGUCAUCGGUUCUCUCCCACAUAGGUACCUACCUAUUUCUUAAAUGUUGUCUUACAAAGUAAGGCGCUAGACAGCAAAAAGAAUAAAAAAAAUAUUUUAAGCAAUUUUUAUAGUAGAUACAAUAUUUAAAACUUAACCCAAAACUAGCCUUCAGGGCAGUCGCGUUUUAGCAACACAAUUUUUAUAAGUAGAUAUUCUAAUACGAAAUGGUUAAAAUAGUCAUUAAAAUUAUUUAAUAAAACAUCUAACUUGCCCGUAAUACCUGAACCUGUCUAUAAUAACUUAUUUUUAUAUUUAAUUUAACAAAGUUUUACGAGUACAGAGAAACAUUAUAUUGUUAAAUCUAAGUUACUAUAUUAAGUUUGAUUACAUUCUUGUUUAAUAAACAAAGAAUAAUAAA